AUGAGCGAAUCUAAGAAUAUAGAAGUAAGUGGAAGCGUGAUGGACGGUAUGGCGGAGAAAGGUGGGGUGCUGGAGUCACCAACCAAAAAACCACCAACGGAGUACACCGUCUAUCCGAUCAGAUGGUUGGUGCUGUUCAUCUUCGUUCUCUACUCGGCAUCAAAUUCCAUGCAAUGGAUACAGUACAGCAUCAUACAAGAUGCAGUGGUGAAGUACUACGGCGUAAGCAGCAUCACCGUCUACUGGACCUCGAUGAUAUACAUGAUCACUUACAUCCCCCUCAUUUUCCCAGCCAGCUGGCUUCUAGACAAAACCGGUCUCCGAGUAACAACCAUCAUCGGCUCAUUCGGAACAUGCGCCGGCGCUUGGCUGAAGGUGUUCUCGGUGCCCCAGGACAUGUUCUGGCUGGGCUUCGCGGGACAAACCGUGGUGGCGAUCUCGCAAGUCUUCAUCCUGAAUGUGCCACCUCGCCUGGCCGCCGUGUGGUUCGGCGCUGAUCAGGUGUCUUCCGCUUGUAGUAUUGGAGUGUUUGGCAAUCAGUUGGGUGUAGCCUUGGGCUUCCUCCUGCCACCAAUGCUGGUGCGUGCCCAGGGAACGGUGGAUGAGAUAGCGGCAGACUUUCGUCUCAUGUUCUACCUGGUCGCUGGAUUCACUAGCGUUCUCUUCGUGUUUAUACUACUGUUCUUCAAGGCCGCACCACCAUCUUCACCAUCAGCGGCGGCGGACCUAGGCUCGAGUUUGGAUUCGAACUUCCUACAGUCUAUCAAGAAACUGCUCACCAACCGCAACUACAUCUUGCUGCUCAUAUCGUACGGUCUGAACGUUGGUGUUUUCUACGCUUUAUCAACGCUGCUCAAUCAAGUCGUACUAACGUAUUAUCCGGGCGCGAACGAGGACGCCGGACGCAUCGGGCUGGUGAUCGUGGUGGCGGGCAUGGCGGGCUCGGUGCUGUGCGGCCUGGUGCUGGACAAGACGCACCGCUUCAAAGAGACCACGCUGGCGGUGUACGUGGCCUCCGUCGUCGGCAUGCUGAUCUUCACCUUCACCCUCGACUGCGGCGUCAUCGGCGUUGUGUACCUCAGCAGCAUUAUCCUGGGUUUCUUUAUGACCGGCUACCUGCCCGUUGGAUUCGAGUUCGCCUCUGAAGUAACAUACCCCGAACCUGAGGGAACUACGUCGGGCAUUCUCAACGCUGUAGUUCAGGUGUUCGGUAUAGUGCUGACGCUCACGUAUGAGCGAAUGCUGGAGAGUGUGGGCGAUCGCUGGUCCAACGUGGGCCUGUGCAUCCUACUGGCGGUGGGCGCCGCUAUAACUGCCGCCAUACAGCCCGACCUUCGCAGACAAGCCGCACAGCACAAGGGAUAA